CUAUUAUAGGAAAAUGUAUUUAAAAGAAAAGGAAAAAGAAAAUCACCCAAGUUACUGUAUUUAAUCUCUUCAUAGCAGGGAGUAGUUGAAAACAAAACCCUAAAAGGGUUCUUUGUAAGAACCAAUUCGCCGCCGGAUCGAUCUCUUUCACUCUCAGCUCUCAGUUUUCUUCAUACAUGUUAACUCAAACAGACACCAUCGGUCUUCAUUCUCCCCUUAUUUCCUGUUUUUUUGGCAACCCUUUUCUUUAAAGUUGCUGUUUUUGCAAUCCAAUGUGAAAACCAGUUAAAACAUGUUGCCAAAAAUUGUUCCUUUUUGUUUUUUAUUUGUCUUUGUUGUUUGAUCAUCGAGAAAUUUGUUCUUCAGGUUAUGAAGCCCGUGAGCUUGUAUCUAUUGAUCGAAGUUUCGAUCUUUAUGGGUUUUACGAGCUGAUUCUUAGCCUUUAGGUGUUUAAGUUAUAUUGAAGUUUGUUGAUUUUAGUUUUCUUUUUAGGGUUUUUAGGGUUUGUGGUGCGUGAGUGAUCAAAGAUUGAAUUUUAUUGCUUAAGCCGACAAAUUUCCGUGCGUAUACCUCUGGGUUUUAAUUAUGCCGAUGAUUUUGGUUUUCUGGGUAUAAUUUUCUAUCUUUUUUUAUAGUGUUAUUUGUGGUGAACGCAUAAUUUCAUCCGUGAAGAUGUUAUCUGAAUUGGGUAGGAGACCAAUGGUAAGUGGUGGCGGUGAGGGUUCUUUUGGGGAUGAAUUGGAGAAGGAGAUAGGAUUGUUGCUUCGCGAACAGAGGCGUGAAGCAGAUGAUCGUGAGAAGGAGCUAAACAUGUAUAGGAGUGGCUCAGCUCCACCUACUGUAGAGGGUUCAUUGAGUGCAGUUGGUGGUUUAUAUAAUAAUUAUAAUGGGCAAAACAACGGUUUGGCUUUCUCUGAGUUUGCCGGUGGCAACGGUUUCAUGUCUGAGGAGGAACUUAGGGCUGACCCUGCUUACUUGUCUUACUAUUAUUCAAAUGUGAAUCUAAACCCUAGGUUGCCACCACCACUGUUGUCGAAAGAGGAUUGGCGGUUUACCCAAAGGUUGCAGGGCAGUGGAGGGUCUGGCCUGGGAGGUAUUGGAGAUAGGAGGAAACCAAACAGGACUGAUGGUGGUGGUGGUGGUGGUGGUGGUGGCAGUGGUGGUGUGUCGCUUUUUUCUAUGCCGCCUGGUUUCAACUCAAAGAAACAGGAGAGUGAGAAUUUUGAGGUGGAGAAAGCAAAAGUUUCAGCUGAGUGGGGUGGUGAUGGAUUGAUCGGUUUGCCUGGUUUAGGUUUAGGUAGUAAACAGAAGAGCCUUGCUGAGAUUUUCCAGGAUGAUUUGAGUCGUUCAACUCCACCUUCUGGACACCCUUCUCGACCAGCAAGCCGUACUGCUUUUGAAAACAACGAUGAAACCUUAGGUCCUGCUGAUGCUGAGCUGGCACAGCUGCAGCAUAACGUAAAGGGUCCACCAACAUCAUAUUCUUAUGCUGCAGCUUUAGGUGCUUCUUUAUCAAGAAGCACGACCCCUGACCCACAACACAUUGCUAGGGUCCCUAGUCCCAUUCCUACUCCUAUCGGAGGUGGGCGGCUUAACCCUUCAGAGAGGAGAAAUCCCAACAGUCCGAGCCUAUUUAAUGGAGCCUCUUCUCACCCAAAAGAUCCAACUGAUUUGGUGACUGCGUUGUCUGGCAUGAAUUUGUCAAAUGAGGCCAUCGAAGAGUCGAAUUUAUCUCAGUUUGACAAAAAUGCGGAUGAUCAGAAUGCUUUUCUUCUGAAUAUGCCACGGAAUCAGAAAAACAAUAAGAAUAACUUGCACUUUGAUGGAUCUUCUAGUAACUUUCAAUCUCACUAUCAGCAGAUUGAUGGUGGUGGAAGUUCAUAUUUGAACAAUGGUUCAAGUGGGUACUCCAUCAAUUCACCACAAAUGAUGUCCGGUCAACAUGGCAACUUGAAUCUGCCGCCACUUUUUGAAAAUGCUGCAGCGGCUUCUGCCAUGGCGUACCCUGGAAUGGAAUCAAGGUUCACUUUGGAAUCACAAAACAUGAGGAGGUUGGGGAACCAAAUGGCCGGAAAUGCACUCCAAGCAUCUUUUAUGGACCCCAUGUAUCUCCAGUACUUAAGGUCAACUGAAUAUGCAGCGGCUGCCGCCCAAGUUGCUGCCCUCAACGAUCCGACAAUUGACCGGAACAACUAUUUGGGAAAUUCAUACACUGACUUGCUUCAAAAAGCAUAUCUUGGAACUUUAUUGUCACCACAAAAGUCACAAUACGGUGGCGUGCAAUAUGUAGGUGCAUCUGCUAGUCCUCACCACCAUGGUUAUUAUGGGAACCCUGCAUUUGGAGUGGGCUUGUCGUAUCCUGGUAGCCCAUUAGCAAGCCCGCUUCCCAACUCUCCUGGGGGACCAGGCAGCCCAAUCAGGCUCGGUGAACUCAACACACGAUUCUCUCCUCAAAUGAGAAAUUUAGGUGGCGGCAGUGGUGUGAUGGGACAUUGGCAUCUGGAUGGCGGAGAUAAUAGUUUUGCAUCCUCUUUGCUAGAAGAGUUUAAGAGUAAUAAAACUAAGUGCUUUGAGCUUUCUGAAAUCACUGGUCACGUUGUUGAGUUCAGUGCGGACCAGUAUGGUAGCCGUUUCAUUCAACAGAAACUCGAAACUGCGACUGCUGAGGACAAAAACAUGGUUUUCCAGGAGAUCUUUCCUCAGGCUCUUACUUUGAUGACUGAUGUCUUCGGAAACUAUGUGAUUCAGAAGUUCUUUGAGCAUGGAAUGCCUGCCCAGAGAAGAGAAUUGGCUGGAAAGCUACUGGGCCAUGUUUUGACACUUAGCCUUCAAAUGUAUGGUUGCCGAGUUAUCCAGAAGGCAAUUGAAGUUGUUGACAUGGACCAAAAGAUCAAGAUGGUGGAAGAGCUGGACGGUCAUAUCAUGCGAUGUGUUCGUGAUCAAAAUGGGAACCACGUUAUUCAGAAGUGUAUUGAAUGUGUCCCCGAAGAGCAUAUUCAGUUUAUCAUCACAACUUUCUUUGAUCAAGUUGUGACCCUUUCUACCCACCCAUAUGGCUGUCGUGUUAUACAGAGGGUGCUCGAGCAUUGCGAGGAUCCAGAAACACAAAGCAAGGUGAUGGAUGAAAUCCUUGCCUGUGUAAGCAUGCUAGCACAAGAUCAGUAUGGAAAUUAUGUUGUUCAGCAUGUGUUGGAACAUGGAAAGCCAAAUGAACGUUCUAUAAUAAUUCAAGAGUUGGCCGGGAAGAUUGUUCAGAUGAGUCAACAGAAGUUUGCAUCCAAUGUGGUUGAAAAAUGUUUGACUUUUGGCGAUGCUAGUGAACGCCAACUCCUUGUGAAUGAGAUGCUUGGUACUACUGAUGAAAACGAGCCUCUUCAGGCAAUGAUGAAAGAUCAGUUUGCAAAUUACGUUGUGCAAAAAGUACUCGAGACUUGUAGUGAUCAAGAACGUGAGCACAUAUUGUCGCGGAUUAAGGUUCAUUUGAAUGCACUUAAGAAAUACACUUACGGAAAACAUAUUGUCGCUCGUGUAGAGAAACUUGUUGCUGCUGGGGAAAGGAGAAUUGCUGCGCAAUCGGUACAUGCUGCAUAGGAGGAGCCAUAGGAAACGAAGUUGUACAGCUAACAAAGGCUAGUUUGAGCUACCCUUUUUCCUGUCUCUCUGUCUGUCGUUGUCUAGUGGCUGGUUAGGGGCCAAUUUGCAAAUAAAGUUUGCUUGUACUUGAGAACUGUACAUUCUGUAGCUUUUUAAGGUUUAUACAUAGUUGUUAUAAGAAUCUGAGAAAGCUUGGGGGACGAUGACUCCUGAUGCUGGUGCAGAGGCAGUAUAAUGAUAUGAUGAUGAUGAGAAGGGUGUAAAGAUGAUGGAAGAAAGGAAAAGGUGAGGUAGUUUUGUGACUGUACAAAAAUGUUGCCCAUAUCGCAGAGUGUUUGAUGUUUCUAGGCAGAGUUGCGCUAUCGGUUGGUUUCACGUAUUAUGGCAUGCUAUUUAAACAGUUUUCUUAUAACGUCCCCAAUGCGUUUCUUGCUGCAUUCUUGAUUCAUUAUGUUGGUUUUCGAUGUUUCGGUUUAUAGGAUUCUGGUCUUCUAUUCUAAACCCA